AUGACCACUAUUCUCGUCACCGGAGCCACAGGCAAACAGGGAGGCUCCGUAAUUAAGAACCUUCUCGAGAAAAAUGCCCCUUUCAAGAUCCUCGCCGUGACCCGCGAUGUCAAUUCUGCUUCGGCAAAAAAACUCGCCCAGAAAUCUUCCAAUAUCACAUUGAUCCAAGGCAACCUCAACGACCCGGCUGCCAUCUUUGAGAAUGUAAAGCGUCAAACCUCAACGCCAAUUUGGGGCGUGUUCAGCGUCCAAACCGCCAAUCCCAGAAACGACUCCGAAAGACGCCAAGGAAUCGCUCUGAUAGACGAAUCCAUCAAACGAGGCGUCAAGUGCUUCGUGUACAGCUCCGUCGACCGUAGUGGCGAGAAAUCAGACCAAAACCCAACCCCAGUCCCUCAUUUUAUUUUCAAACACGAGAUCGAGCAGCAUCUCAAAGAGAAAGCAAAAGAGACCGAUAUGGAAUGGACGAUUCUCCGUCCCGUUGCCUUUUUCGAGAACUUCACACCAGAUUACUUCGGGAAGGUGUUUACGACUGCAUGGCAGAUGUCUCUGAAGGGCAAGCCCCUGCAGCUGGUCGCGACGAGUGACAUUGGGUUCUUUGCUGCGGCGGCAUUUAUGAAUCCCGAGGCGUCGAAGAAUCAUGCUUUCUCGCUUGCUGGGGAUGAAUUGACCUUUGAUCAGAUGUCGGAGAUUUUCAAGAAGUCGACUGGCAAGAACGUACCGACCACUUUUAGCAUUCCGGUUUGGUUGAUGAUGGCUGGUGUCAAGGAGCUGGGUGUUAUGUUCAAAUGGUUCCAUGAUGAGGGAUAUGGUGCGGAUAUUCCGGCUUUGAAAAAGUUGGAUCCUGGCUUGAAGACAUUUGGUGAUUGGUUGAAAGAGGAUAGCCAAUUCGAGACACGUUAG